UUCCUGCCUGUAAACGAAAGUGAAAUUAAGUGUCGGGAUUUUAAAGGCAGAGUCGCUAUUUUAUCAAGAAACAUUUUAUCAAGAUUCUGGAAUAAUGUAAAGAUAUUCUAUGUUUCAAGAGGCUCCAGCAGGAAUCAUCUGGUCGGGAUCAGCAUAGAAAUGGAUGGAUCUGCUUCUGAAAUGCGCCCCCCUGUGGGGUGUAACAGAAAGAGCCCUGAGAGUGUCCUGAUGGAGAGAGCAGGCUCACUUGUACCCAGCUGUGUUUCCCUGAAGAGUGACGCAUCAAUGCAUCAACCACUCAACUUCAGAGAGGGACCUUUUCAUAUAGAUCAACGAGAUCAAAUGGAAGAUUGCAGUUCAGAUCUACAUGAUAAAUCGGGUUUAUCAUCCAUAUUGAAGUCGCUAGAGGAAAAAGCCAUGAAGUUCCUAAAGGAGGAACUGGAGACGUUUGUGAGGCACCUAGAUCAGAAUUACCCAGAAUGCUCUGAGCCUCAGCUGGAGGAGGACAAUGACCUGGACUGUGAUGGUCAGAUGCAGAAGACCAGUGUUAGAGAGGUAGCUCUGAAGAUCACACUGUACGUCCUGAGGACCAUGAAGCAAGAUGAUCUUGCUGACCUGCUGGACAAGAGACAGCUCAUGCUGCAGGAAUUCAAACGUAAACUUAAGAAGCAAUUUGAUUGUGUAUUUGAAGGGAAAGCUAAGGAAGGACAGCCAACACUUCUCAGUGAGAUUUACACAGAACUCUACAUAACUGAAGGUGGGACUGGAGCAGUCAAUGAUGAACAUGAAGUGAGACAGAUUGAAACAGCAUCCAGGAAAAGGCGAACAGAAGAUACUACAGUCAAGUGCAAUGAUAUAUUUAAACCCUUAUGUGGGCGUAAGACACCGAUCAGAACUGUACUCACUAAAGGGGUGGCAGGUAUCGGGAAAACAGUCUCUGUGCAGAAAUUUAUUCUCGACUGGGCAGAAGGAAAAGCAAACCAGGAUGUUCACUUCAUAUUUGCUCUUCCUUUCCGGGACCUGAAUUUGAUUAAGGAUGAAUACAGUCUGAUUAAACUUCUUCACCACUUUGUCCCAGAACUGAAAUCAUUUCAAUCCACUGAGCUGUUUAGCUCCAAAGUCUUGUUCAUCUUUGAUGGCCUGGAUGAGUGUCGCCUUCCUCUCGAUUUUCAGAACAAUGAGAGCUGGUUUGAUGUAACAAAGAAAACGUCACUGGAUGUGCUGUUGACUAACCUCAUUAAGGGGAAUCUGCUCCCAUCCGCUCUCCUCUGGAUAACCUCCCGGCCAGCAGCAGCCAAUCAGAUACCUGCUAAGUGUGUCCACCAGGUGACAGAGAUACGAGGGUUCAGUGAUGCCCAGAAGGAGGAGUAUUUCAAGAAGAGAUUUAAUGAUCAGAGCCUGGCCAGCAGGAUUAUCACACAUGUGAAAUCAUCAAGGAGCCUCUUCAUCAUGUGCCACAUACCUGUGUUCUGCUGGAUUUCAGCCACUGUGCUUAAGAGGCUUUUUAGUGAGACUGACACGGGAGAAAUUCCAAGGACUCUGACUGCAAUGUACACACACUUCCUGAUCUUUCAGACAAGUUUGAAAAAUGACAAGUAUAGGCUACCGACAAGUUGGUACAGGAAAAUGGUGGUGAGAUGGAUGAAAAACCAUGAAACUAAGCUUAAGGAAUGCAGCAAGCAAUUCCUUUUAAAACUUGGUAAACUUGCUUUUGACAACCUUGAGAAAGGCAAUCUCAAAUUUUAUGUGGAAGAUCUGACAGAGAAUGGCAUUGAUGUCGCUGAAACUUCAGUUUACUCUGGAGUGUGCACAGAAGUCUUUAAAGAGGAGUAUGGGUUGUACCUGGAGAAGGUGUACUGCUUUGUGCAUCUGAGCAUCCAGGAGUAUCUCGCUGCCUUAUAUGUGUUUCUGUCAAACUCAUCAGCUGACUUGCUGGAGACUGCAGUGGAUCAGGCAUUAGAGAGCAAGAAUGGACACUUGGACCUCUACCUCCGCUUCCUCCUGGGCCUCUCAACAGACUCCAGUAAGACUCUGUUACAAAAGCUACUGGGGCCAACAGAAACCAGCUCACAUACCAUUAAGGAUACAGCCCAGUACAUCAAGGGGAAAAUAAAGGAGAAUUUAUCUCCAGAAAGGACCAUCAAUCUGUUCCACUGUCUGACUGAACUGGGUGACAAUUCUCUAGUAGAGGAAGUACAAAGAUACCUGAAUUCAGGAAACAUUUCAGCAGAUGACCUCUCACCUGCACAGUACUCAGCUCUGGCCUUUGUGAUGCUGAUGUCAGAUGAGGAGCUGGAUGUGUUUGAUCUGAAGAAAUACAACAGACGAGAUAAAGAGCACUGCAGGCUGCUGCCUGUGGUCAAGAACUCCAGGACGGCUCUGAUGAACAGCUGUGAUCUCAUAGAUAAACACUGUGAAGUGCUGUCUUCAGCCCUAAGAUCAAACUCUCCCCCCCUGAGAGAGCUGGACCUGAGUGAUAAUAACCUGAAAGAUUCAGGAAUGAAGCUGCUCUCUGCUGCACUGGAAGAUUUACACUGUAAACUGGAGAUAUUGAGGGUGGGCCGGUGUGAACUCACAGAGAAAUGCUGUGAGUCACUGGCUUCAGCUCUCAGAUCAAACUCCUCACCCCUGAGAGAGCUGGACCUGAGUAACAAUGACCUGCAGGACUCAGGAGUGAAGCUGCUCUCUGUUGGACUGGAGGACUUACACUGUAAACUGGAGAUACUGAGGCUGUCAGGCUGUAGAGUCACAGAAGAAGGCUGUUCUUACCUGGCUUCAGCUCUGAGGUCAAACCCCUCACACCUGAGAGAGCUGGACCUGAGCUACAAUCACCCAGGAGACUCGGGAGUUAAGCUGCUCUCUGCUGUACUGGAGGAUCCCAGCUGUAAACUGGAGAAGCUGAAGCUGUCAGGCUGUAGAGUCACAGAAGAAGGCUGUUCUUCCCUGGCUUCAGCUCUGAAGUUAAACCCCUCACACCUGAGAGAGCUGGACCUGAGCUACAAUCACCCAGGAGAUUCAGGAGUGAAGCUGCUCUCUGCUGCACUGGGGGAUUUACACUGUAAACUGGAGAUACUGAGGCUGUCAGGCUGUAGAGUCACUGAAGAAGGCUGUUCUUCCCUGGCUUCAGCUCUGAAGUUAAACCCCUCACACCUGAGAGAGCUGGACCUGAGCUACAAUCACCCAGGAGAUUCAGGAGUGAAGCUACUCUCUGCUGUACUGGAGGAUCUCAGCUGUAAACUGGAGAAGCUGCAGGUGGGCCGGUGUGAACUCACAGAGAAAUGCUGUGAGGCGCUGGCUUCAGCUCUCAGAUCAAACUCCUCACCCCUGAGAGAGCUGGACCUGAGUGACAAUGACCUGCAGGACUCAGGAGUGAAGCUGCUCUCUGCUGGACUGGGGGACUUACACUGCAACCUGGAGAUACUGAGACUGUCAGGCUGUAGAGUCACAGAAGAAGGCUGUUCUUCCCUGGCUUCAGCUCUGAGGUCAAACCCCUCACACCUGAGAGAGCUGGAUCUGAGCUACAAUCACCCAGGAGACUCAGGAAUGAAGCUGCUCUCUGCUGUACUGGAGGAUCCCAGCUGUAAACUGGAGAAGCUGAAUGUGGAUCACGGUGGAGAGUGCAGGACCAGACCAGGCUUACAGAAAUACUCCUGCCAGCUGACGCUGGACCCCAACACAGCACACAGACGCCUGUCUCUGUCAGGGGGGAACAGGAAGGUGACAGGGGGGGCAGAGCAGCCAUAUCCUGAUCAUCCAGAGAGAUUUGACAGCCGCCCCCAAGUUCUGUGCAGAGAGAGUCUGACUGGCCGCUGUUACUGGGAGGCUGAGUGGGAUGGAGAUGCAGCCUGGAUAGGAGUGACUUAUAAAGGGAUCGGGAGGAAGGGAGGGAGGGACUGUGGGCUUGGAUACAAUGACAAGUCAUGGUGUCUGUACUGUAAUACUGACAGAUACUCUGUCCGGUACAAUAAUAAACAGACUCUCAUACCCAUACGGCCCUCAGGCUCCCACAGAGUAGGAGUGUAUCUGGACUGGGGGGCUGGUGCUCUGUCCUUCUACAGAGUCUCCUCUGAUGGACUGACCCCCCUGCACAGAUUCACCUCCUCAUUCACUGAGUCCCUCUAUCCAGGGUUUUGGGUUUAUAGAAACUCCUCAGUGUCACUGAGACGUGUUGCUGGUUCUCCAGCAAAAAGGUAAAAUCUCUGCUUUUUAACCUUUAUAAUCCUUUUUACUCUGAAAUGUAUAGAACUGUGCAAAAGUCUUAGGCAGGCAAAGAAAAUGAUGUUUAGAUUAUCCUCCUGUUGGUGUAAAACUAUGAUAUGAUGCCUGUCAAAGUGUGUCAGCUUCGCCAUUUCAGAACCUCUGCUAAAAUCAUCCCAGUAUUUGCAGCGACCGUCCAGUGCAGCCAUGUAUUGUUUGACUUGGCCACUAACACACCUCAUACAGCUGGUCAAUCUCUCACUGACUUUUUAAACUGAUAUAUUUAAUUAUUUAAUUAAUCUGUUGGUGAAAUUUAACAAAAUCAUGGAACGGCUGAGCUGCCCCUGAGGAGAAGUUUGGGAACUGAAGCGGUGUUCAUCUAGCCAUCCAACUAGAUAUCAGUAACUUUUUAGAACACAGAAGAAAUUAUUACUAGUUUUUAUUGUGUUACUCUUAAUUUGCAGACGUUCUAAUGUUAAAUUGUGUUUUUUGUUCUAAGCCAAAGUACACUUGCUACCCAGAUAAACAGCUUUAAACAUUUCUUUGGACUGCCUAAGACUUUUACACAGGACUGUAUGUUUGACAAAAAAUAAAUGACUGUGUUCAGUGAGCUGAAUAAACAUGAAAAAUAUAGUUUUUUAUACGUUUUCUCUCUGACUAAAAUGUAAUUAAAUGUAAUCCUGAUUGGGGGGGGGUAUCCCCU